UUAAGCAUAACCACAUUUUCAAAAUGGUUAGCACACACACAGUAGUAGUCAGUCUUAUCUCAAUAGUCUUGUUUUACAUUGCAGCAGCCCAAGGAAGAAAAACACUUCACACAAACAAUGAAUUUUUUGCAUCCUCUCCAGUUACCAAUAACUAUGAUGGUAUCUGCAAAACUAUAGUAGAGACACAAGGUUAUACGUGUGAAGAACAUACGGUUACAACAGAUGAUGGCUACAUCUUGAGCCUGCAGAGGAUCCCGGUAGGGAGGUCCGGUAAGAAAGCGGACAAGCCUCCUGUAUUAAUCCAACAUGGUAUCUUUUCUGACGCUGCAGUAUGGUUGUUCAAUUCUCCAGAAGAAUCAUUGGGAUUUAUUUUAGCAGAUAUUGGAUUUGAUGUGUGGCUUAUCAAUGGUCGAGGCACAAAAUAUAGCACCAACCACACAUCACUAAGUCCCAAUGACAUGGCUUACUGGGAUUGGUCAUGGGAUGAAUUAGCCGGUUAUGAUCUACCUGCUUCAGCACAAUAUGUGUACAACCAUACUGGUCAAAAAAUGCAUUAUGUCGGUCAUUCUCAGGGAACUUUGAUAGCUUUUGCUGCUUUUUCUCAAGGAAAGCUUCUUAAUGUAUUUAGAUCGGCUGCAUUACUUAGUCCAAUUGCUCAUAUGACUCAAAUUCCUUCCGAGUUAACAAAAAUUGCUGCUCAACUCUUUUUAGCUAAUGAUAUAUAUUGGUUAGGUCUCCGUGAAUUCGUUCCACAUGCGGAUAUUGGAAUAAAACUUUUGGAUGGUAUCUGCACUAUUCUAUCCCUCAACUGCACAAAUCGCUUAUUGCCAUUAUUCACAGGUCCAAAUUGCUGCAUAAAUUCUUCUAAGGUUGAUUCCUAUCUUGACCAUGAACCACAACCAACAGCAACAAAGAACUUGAUCCAUUUUUCUCAAUUGAUCAGAAAAGGACAAAUAUCAAAGUAUGAUUAUGUUGAUGAAGCACAAAAUUUACAACACUAUGGACAAAGGGUUCCUCCAACUUAUGACGUGACCAAAAUCCCUAGUGAAUUCCCCCUUUUUCUCAGCUAUGGAGGGAAAGAUACUCUAUCUGAUGUACAAGAUGUGAAGGUUUUGUUCAAUGAACUCAAUAAUGACCAUGAUGCUAGCAACCGUGUGGUAUUGUUUAAGGAUGAUUAUGCACAUCUUGAUUUUAUAUUGGGUGAUAAUGCUAAACAAGUCGUUUAUGAUCCCAUGAUAGCUUUUUUCAACGCUCAUUGAUUUUACGAUGAUUAUUAUGUAUGU